CUCAGAACUGUUUAAUCAUUCUUAAAAUUAUGGGAGGGAGGAAACCUAGUGGUGGUGAAAAAACAUAAAAGUGGACGUAAGCAAUUUGGUAUUACUUAAAUACACAUACACAUCUGCAAUAUUGAAGGAAAUUUAUACUGUGAAAAACGGGAAUUACGAUAUCAUCUUAGGAUUAGUCAGCUAGUCAACAAAACUUAUAUAAGAACAUCUCUUGCCUUGACUCGUCGAUUAUAAUAUUUUUCUGGAUUUACGUACAACAGCUUGUUCAUAAUCAAAAAUGUUUUCGAAAUCCAAGUUGUUCAUUGCAUUGGCCAUUUAUUGUGGUAUUGGUCACAUUUCUGCCUUAGAAGACGGAGAUUUCUAUAAAAUUACUCUCUCAAGCAACGGAAAGGUAUUGACCGUUGGAGGUAAUGGCGUUGUGGAUGGAGCUGAUAUAAUUUUAACAGACUGGAACAAUGAGCCGAAUCAAAAGUGGCUCGCAGUUCAGGCUGUUGUUGCUGGAGACAAUUACCUCCUCCUUCCACAACAGCAGCGUUGGAAUUGGCUGCAUUUUUUAAGAAACGGUGAAGCCCUGCGGGAGACGAAGGAACGUCACAACAAUCUCCCUGACUGGUCGUUGGUAUUAAAUGGGGACACCAGGGGUGAAGCAACCGUUCAACCGAGAGACAGCAAGAAAUAUCAGCAGUGGAGAUCCGAAAAUUCCGGCAGCAACUCCAAAGUAAUAAUUAAAAAUCUACAGGAUAAUAAAUGUCUUCAAGCUCCGGGAAUAUUUUCUUCUUCUUCUGAAGGGUUUCGACCCGCUGAGAGUACCACGCUCCCUCCCACGACCAACCCUGGCUUUUUCCGCCGAGUGAGAAAUUGGUUUGGCAACCUUUUCGGAGGUUCAUCCUCCACAACGACGACCACUAGUGCUACUACCCCUAGAACUUCUAAUCAGCCACAAAGUACAACCUCGUCCAACAAGGUCACCUUAGCCGUGUGUGACAAGAGCAACGCUGGGCAGCAGUGGACGCUUGAGAAAAUUAGCAUUCGAUAAAAAAUCAUUUAUCAAUUAAAAUAUUUUCAAUUUGUGCAAUUCAUUAAUGUUCCAAAUCUGAACAUAUCGUACCAAAGUUUGCUAAAUAAGAAGUUCAACCCUUCAACGAUACCUAAUAGAAAAACGAAUCAACAAUCGAGAUCCUACUUAAUCUAAUCCUAAGUUAUUCUUUCAUCGCUUUGAAUAAAGGUAAUUUUUCUCCAAGUCUUCAAGUGUA